AUGGUAACAACAAGAGCCCAAGAAAAGAAGAUCCAUGAGACUCCCAAGUCGUCUGCUUCACAGAAUGGCUCCUUAGUCGUCACAGCUACGCCGGUGCCAUCGGGUGACAGUCCAGGGUAUUUCACACCAGCGACUUCGAAACCUGCCCGCAUUGUUACCCAACCCACAUUGUUGGAACAGCUCGAAAAUGAUGGCAAUGAGGCGAUGCAAGAGGCUCCAACUCCCCAAGCUUCACAAGGCGAUGACUCGCAGUUAGUUGUUGAGAUUCGGAGUCAACCACCGUCGGAAGAGGAAAACUCGGCUGGUGGCGAUGUUCCUUCCAAGGCUUGGCCGACCGACGAGGAGAAAAUCCCUUCUGUUUCGGACGGAGAGCCAGCUUCUGACAUCAACACUGAGCUGCCUCAGCGUCCAAAGGCGCCCGAGUUGUACUUCACCCCAAUGACGACCAGUAAACGCAAGCGUUUUGACGGCGAUGGCGCAGAUGACUCGACACUUGAGCCUGAAUCUCUGCAGGAGCAAACUCCUAAUCAGCCUGGCAGGGAGGAUUCGGAGAUACCAGAAACCGAAGAUGAAGACGAUGCUCCUGAGGUGUUGAGCAGCAAGGCUGCCGCGCAACAGGCUCUAUCGACACCUAUUCCGCCCUCUCGGAGCUCAACUAGGAAGAGGAAGAAGACGAGCGUCAACGCUGACGCUGGGGUAGCAACCUCGACGCUAGGAAACGACUCCACGCCUAAACAAGUAGGCACAGAGAGAGAUUUCGCCAGCCUUUCCCAGCCUUUGGAGGCGGCGCCACGAGGACAGUCCGACGAAACCCCUAUUGAAAUGCCUGCGGAACUCAUCUCCACGAGCUCGCAUGGUGCGCUUGAGAAUCCACCAGCGCCGCUUACACCUGGCGAAGUUCCUGCUCCUCUGUUCGGGACACACCAAGAGAACACAGAUGCAGCUACAGCGUCGAGCUCGAUCGAUACUGCUCAGGUAGACCAGGCCGCUCCCGUCAAGGCACUGUCAGAUGUCCAGGAAGAGAUGCCGUCAGCGGUGUCCGGGGAUCCCAUCCCUGAUCCUGAAAUAGUAGACGCCGACGUUCGAAUGGACGAUUGGCAAGGCAGUCAAGAUGUCAAUGAUGGAUCUGCAGUUGCCGGUAGUAACGCGCAGAUCAAAUCCGACGACGUCCACAUCCCCUCGUACACACCAACCACGUCAAGUCAGCAGAAGGAGAAGGACGUCGUCCCAGACCUGGAAAUUGCUACGGACGUUGCAAUGCCAACAGUACAGGCCGAAUCUGCGAGCAGUGCAUCAGGCCGAGAUCGAUUCGCAUCACAAACGAGACCGAAACCACGACCGUCUCGGCUCCCGGCACCGCAAGCAAAGGCGACUUCGCUCCAGAACUACCGAGAGAGCCUUCUGAACCGGCACCCACGGACAACAAAGUGGGGUCCGCGCAGAGCCAGGUUUGUGGGUGUCUGA